AUGGGUGUCCUUGGGGGCAAGCCCUUGGACAACGACAAGCUAAAACUGGAGAACGGCAGAAAGCCAACAGAUCUGACUCAGGGAUCAGCUCUUCGAAUAUGGAGGGCUCCCAGCGGAAAGAAAGCUCUCGCGAUUCCGGUGUGUGUAUGGAUCCCGAGUCGCUCUCCAGGGGCACAAAAUCAAGAUGAUCAGAAGCCUUCCAAAAAGCUCACGGGAGAUUUGUUGGACAUAGAGGGUCGCAAGGAAUGUGGAAAGAGAGAUGACUCGAUCUUCAGCACCCUCCAGGCCAUCAACAGGCCGUAUCCCCUCUUGCCGGCUGACUAUGGUGCCGAUAAGAUGGGCGGAACUUCUCUCUCUGGCUUCGGGACGAUUCAGACAUUGAAUAUGAGUGCUACAGGGCUUGGGCCGUUGCCGGGGCUGUCACCAUUCUCUUUCCCGUUGAGUACCUGCCAGCCUCUGGGGCUCAACGCAACGCCUGGAGUAGCAUCUGGGACUAUUCCUGGAUUUGGGCUGGGCUUAGGCGCGGGAGGCUGUCCACCAUCCGGUGGGUUGGCGAAUCAGUUGAACUUGGGGGCGAUCAGUCCUGCGAUGCAACCAUUCUCUGUCUCACCAACGCCCUUUGUGAACAACCUUUCAGCUCUCCCGAUGCCAUGUGCUCCACUGGCGACAACGGGGGGUGUGCAUUCUCAACCUCGUCCUGUGCCCAAGCCAGUAAAUCCAAAUCCGGGACAGCAGCAAGCAUAUGAGGCAUGGAUCGAGUGGCGCAAGGCAACCGAACCAGGCUAUGCUCUGGAGUGCAAGAACCGACAGCAACGCAGAGCCCAGCGAAAUUCGACAGUACACAUGGGACCAGCUCAGGGUCCCCCAAAAGCAGUACAAGUGGGCUGA